GUACUAUUUGAGACUUGGAUUGAAUAUUUAGACAGUACCUUAAAAAGAAACAGAAAGAAAUGACGAUUCUGAGGUCAAUAGUUACAACAACAACCGCCAUAGCAGCCACUGCUCUGCCUGCAGCUUACGUCGCAUCGUCUCUCUCUCACUCUUCUUCAUCUCCGACCUCAAAAUCUCUGAACUUCCGCUUUCUCUCUCCUCAAUCAGCUUCGAGCUCCAUCGCUGGCACUAGAUUGGGGCUUGUAAAGAACUUCAGCUCUCCGCCUUCUGCUGUUCAAAUGGAAAUUCCCAAGUCUUCUCCUCAAGAAGAUUUGAAGUUGCCGGACUUAAUGACAGAGUUCAUGGUGGAUAUGAAGUGUGAAGGCUGUGUUAGCGCAGUCCAGAGUAAACUAGAGACUCUAGAAGGAGUGAAGAGUAUUGAAGUGGACUUGAGCAAUCAAGUUGUUAGGAUUCUUGGUUCUUCGCCCGUGAUAACUAUGGAAACUGCUUUGGAGCAAACUGGCCGUAAAGCUCGACUGAUUGGUCAAGGUGUACCUGAAGAUUUCCUUGUGUCUGCGGCUGUUGCCGAAUUCAAAGGCCCAGAUAUCUUCGGAGUAGUUCGCUUUGCUCAGACGCACAUGGAAUUGACUAGAAUCGAGGCCAAUAUUAGUGGGUUGCCAUCAGGGAAACAUGGAUGGUCUAUAAACGAGUUUGGUGAUCUGACUAGAGGUCCAGCUAGCACAGGGAAAGUGUACAAUCCGCCAGUCCAAGGAAGUGGAAGUGAGCCGUUGGGUGACCUGGGAACAUUAGAAGUCGAUGAGAAAGGUGAAGCUUAUUACUCAGGAAUCAAGAAGAUGAUGAGGGUCUUUGAUUUAAUCGGACGGUCAAUUGCAUUGUAUGCAUCGGAGGACAAGUCUGAUCCUGGCCUUGCAGCUGCAGUGAUUGCUAGGAGUGCGGGAGUAGGUGAGAACUAUAAGAAGCUUUGCACAUGCGACGGAACUACGAUUUGGGAGGCAAAGCCUGAUGCUGUCACUAGCAAAGUCUGAUCACAUCAUACAACCUGCACAGAUUUAUGGGCAUUUUUAACCUAGCAAAUUACAGGACCUCACAUAUGGGUUGUUGUAGUAUCUCCAUCUUGAUUUAAGUGUGAUAUUGUUUGUUCAAAUAAACUAUUUUAUCGAUAACUAUUUUCAGGUGGGAGUCUUACCUAAGAAGUAAGAACUCAGAGAUAUAUUGAGGAAGUAUAACAAUCUUGUAUACUAUGGCCAAUUCCCCUGUUCCAAUUUCCGAGUUUAGUGAAGUCCUACUUAUAUUUUCGUGGCUA